CACACCAGUAAUGAUCGAAUCUAUUAUAUUUGCACAUGGAUUUAUAUGCUGAAAUUCUCUCUUGUUUAAAGGGAUGGUCACCAUUUAUUCUGACAAGGUGUUACCAUUUUAUAUUGUUAAACUUGUGGAAUUAAGUUAUUUUAAACUAUGAACUUUUCACUUUUCCACCUUUUUAAUCUGGUUAAAUAAUGUGUAACUAUAUCAACUUAUGUCAAACUUACUUUCCGUUUAUCAAUUUUUUGGAUGCACGCAUUUUCAUCGAAUACACGUGGAAGUAAAUUUUUGGUCCAUUUAAACCUACAGGAUUCUUAUUAGUUAUAAAUGCUUCUCCAUGAGUUUGCAUGCAAAAUAACUAAUCCAUCACCAAUCCCAUUAAAUCUCGCCCUUUGCAUUUGGAAUAACCUCCCUUCACACUGAAAAUAAAAGAAAACUGUGAAUAAAUUACCACAACAAUGUAAAGUGGAUCUAUUUAGCACUUGAAGAUGAAAUAGUUAUUUUUUAUUUUGCCUGUGACUCUGAGAAUUUUUUUCAACUUUGGGUUAUGGGAUGUUAUAAUGUAAUGGUGUAAAUAACUAUCAAAAUUUGAAAUAUAAGAAUUUAUGUUUCAAACUGUUCUGAUGUGUAGGAACGGACUUUCCAAGUGCCCACAAACUUUCACAACCUAAUGAAUAUUCUAAAAUGACUAACAAUGGCAGAAAAUAAUAACGUGAGAAAUAAUAAAACCCCAAGAAGUGAAAAUUGUGCAAUGCAUUUUGAAACUUUUCCGUGAAAACUGCACAAAAAGCAUGCUGCAAAAGCAAAAACUGGUUAAGGAAAUAUGUGCCUUGUGCUUUAUCGAUUUUCUCCUAUGAAGAAAUUGUCUAGGUUGCUUAAUGGUCAUACUACGUACACCAUCUUUGCAUAUAAUUAUUAGAUUCAAUUAUCUAACUAAGGAAUAUAUCUAAGGAGUUACUAGGCUAAUUAUAAUCUGAUUGUAGUUAUAAUCUGGGAAAUUAAGGUAAUCCUAUUACGGUGUAGUGUUUAUCUACCUAUCAACAUUCCUCUUCCAGCUGGAUGGACUGGUUCCAAUAUUUUUGUCAUUCCUGGAUUGCAAAUUAUGGGUUGAAAUAACUGCCUUUGGAGCACUUUAGCAAACAUAUACUGAUUGUUCUUUUGAUGAGAUAAAUAGUAUGCAAUGACACCAUUAUCUAGCUUUCCUUUUUAAAGUGUCAAUCUAUCUCUGUAUGCCUAGUUAUAUCAUGCUUAACAUGGCUUUGAGCUAUAUUAUAGCUUCUUUAUUAUCAUACAGUCUCUUAGCUGCAUCCUUGUACACUUGAUCUCCUUCAUUAGGGAUCUUAGCCAAAUUAGUUCACAAAUAGAUUGUAGCAUAUAUUGAAUUCUGCUUUUGCACUUGAUCUAGCUAUAACUUGUUUUUCACCUAGUUAUUUCCAUAAAUGUACAGUACCCAGUGCCUAGUGGUCAAUCUUCUAUAAUUAUAACAGUAGGCAUCGAGCUUUAGAUGACUACUCCUUGUGAAGAUAAAUGCCUUUGCCAACAUGUACCCAAGUACCUCAAAAAUCUUACUUUAUCAUUCAGUUGUUCCGCAUUUGGAGCAUGUAUGAACUAUUUUACUACAUUCUUAGUGAAUGCAAUAUCAGGUCUAGUAUGUGGCAAGCAUAAGUUUUGCCAAUAAGCCUCUGGAUAUCAAUCCUAGUUCACUACCCUUGGUUUUGCUUGUUUUUCAAUCUUGUGACUAACAUCUAUUAGUGUAUCAGCUGGCUUGCAUCCUAACUUACCUGUGUUCUUUAGAUGGUCUGAGGCAUACUUUUAUUGGGCUAGAAAGAUUAUACAACUUGCUGCUUAUUUUUUGUAAUUUAAGCCCUAUUUGAAUAAUAUUAAAAUUUAGAACAAGUAUUAGUCGGAUAUUUCUUCUUCUUCUUCCAGUUUUUGGUGCAUGCCUGUCAAAGGGAUCAUUGUCCUGUAACAGGGAAAAAGAGAAACGUUAGGUUCUUUCAAUUUUGAUAUUCAUAUAUAAUAUUCAUAUCUUUGGUCUUUAACCUCACCACCAUGCUUAAUGGAACAAAAUUACUUUUUAUCAAUGUAAAAUUUGCAUUAACAUCUAAUUUUAGCUUUUGGUUACUAGGAAAUUUAUGACGUAUUGCUUUAUUUUACUUGUUGUGAGUAAGUGUGCCCUCCAUUUAUUAACUUCAAUUGCAAGCCCAAAGCUUAUGUGUUUGUACACGGCUGCUCGUUACAUUCUCACUUUGUUAAUUGUUUGUUGCUGACGGUGAUAUUUAAGAUGCAUACUUGGGAUUUGGCUUCAAUGUCCUACAACUUAUUCUCUCUUUGAUGGCUUAUCUCAUGAAAGCGAAAGCCUGGUUUAUAUUUGGUCUCUCAUGUUGAACUGAGAGACUAUCCUAGUAUUUUCCCAGAUAUGCACACAUAACUGCAUCUUGUCUGCACCACAGACACUUGCUUUUACAUUUUUCCUUACUUAUUGAAUAUGUUGCAGAAACUUUUAUUUUAUGAGCUUAUUCUUCUAUGGUUGCUUUACUGAGAUGAUGAUUUAUUUGAUGUCCCAGGGGAUGGAGAUAUCAGUGCUAAAAUCACUUCUCAACAGCAUAGCCAGUGUUUUUCAAUUGUCAUCUCGUGAAAGCAUAAAAUGUGAACCAGUUCAGAAAUAUCAUCAAAAGAUUGAAGAGAUGUUGAAGUUAUUAAAGCCCAUACUUGAUGCCAUUCUUGAUGCUGAAAUUCCUAAAGACGAAAUACUUCAAAAAGAAUUUGCUGGACUAUGCCAGUCUGUUGACAAUUUACGAGAGAUGUUUGAAAACUGGGAGCCACUCAUGAGUAAAGUUUAUUUUGUUUUACAAGUUGAAUUACUGAUGGAAAAGAUCCGGAUUUCUAGUUUGGAAAUUCUUGAAUUGUUGAAAGUUUGUGCUCCAUGCUUACCUGAUGAACUAAGUGCUGCAUCCCUUGAGAAAUGUGUACAGAAAAUUAAGCGUAUAAGAUGUGGCCUAACAUCAGAAAUAAUCACAAAAGCUGUUAAGGAUCAUGUGGAGGGCUCGGGAGCCAACUCUGAGUGUCUGGCAAAAAUUUCUGAUAUCCUGGGAUUAAAGUCAAACCAGGAACUUCUAAUUGAGGCCGUGGCCCUUGAGAAAUUCUUAUUGGUGAAUCUACUACUUUCAACUGACUCAAAAGUACAAGAAAAUGCUGUUACUGCUCUUCUCAACCUAUCAAUUAAUGACAAUAACAAGAAUGCAAUUGCAAAUGCUGAUGCAAUUCAACCUCUGAUACAUGUCCUUGAGACAGGCAGCCCUGAAGCUAAGGAAAACUCGGCUGCCACUCUUUUUAGUCUCUCGGUGAUUGAAGAAAACAAAAUCAAGAUUGGAAGGUCUGGGGCAAUCAAACCCCUUGUUGAUCUAUUGGGAAAUGGAACUCCAAGAGGCAGGAAAGAUGCUGCCACAGCUUUGUUUAACUUGUCAAUAUUUCACGAGAACAAGGCCCGUAUUGUGCAGGCAGGUGCUGUGAAGUACCUCAUUGAAUUGAUGGACCCUGCUACUGGAAUGGUCGAUAAGGCAGUCGCUGUUUUAUCUAAUCUUGCUACUAUCCACGAGGGACGGAUAGCAAUUGGUCAGGAAGGAGGAAUCCCUGUCCUGGUUGAAGUGGUCGAGCUGGGCUCGGCUAGAGGUAAAGAGAAUGCAGCUGCUGCUCUCCUCCAGUUGUGCACUAAUAGCAGUAGAUUUUGCAUUAUGGUUCUCCGGGAAGGAGCUGUUCCCCCAUUAGUGGCAUUAUCACAAUCUGGGACGCCUAGAGCCAGAGAAAAGGCUCAAGAACUUCUUAGGUACUUUAGGAACCAGCGACAUAACAAUUCCGGUAGGAGAUGAUUUCGCUUUCAACCUUUUGCCAUGGCAUAUAUUGAGGUUUAGAUUGUAGCCAAUGUGUAGAUUCAGUGUUGCAAAUUAUGUGAAUGGUGAUCCGAAAUGUUGGUUUCUUUCUUUUCUUUUUCUUUUUUAUUUAUACUUCUCUUCAACUUCGUGGAAAGAAAAUUUGAUUUAUAGGGGGGGCAUUAUUUGUAUUUAGAAAUAUAUUUAUACCUGUAAGUUUUCCUCAUAGGAUUUUAUAAUGUGAUUUGGCAAAGACGGUGAGUUAUUUUCAUUUUUUUGCGUUGGAA